AUGGGGAAAAGUAUAUUAUCAGAUUUGGAUGAUGCCCGAUGGGAAAAGCAAUUUAUAUAUAAAAUUUACAGCAAUAUGGGCACAAUUAAUGGAACACAUCACAUCGAAGCUACUUCAUUGCCAAGAAGGGCACAUUUCUUGAAACGCACUUUUCACGUUGUUGUCAUGGAUGAAAAGCGUGAGAAGUUUUAG